CUUAGUCUCUUCGCAGACACCAAUAUGAAUAUAUCAAAGCACACAGCAUACGCAGAUUAUGAAUGGGCCAUUAAAUUAAAUCGGACCUGCUUGAGAAUGUUGGGCAUUUGGCCGAAAAAUAAUGAAAGUAAAUGGGAGAAAUUAAGGACAAAUAUACGCGUAAUCGUUAUGUUGAAUAUAGGCUUCUGGUUCUGUAUCAUACCGAGUGUGCAUUCUCUACUGAAAAUAUGGGGCAAUAUGAUGUCAAUGAUCGAUAAUCUACAAUACACUUUACCAUUUAUAAUGGCAACAAUAAAGUUUUUUAUUAUGUGGCAAAAAAAGAAAGAUAUUUUACCGCUUUUAAACAUGAUUAAGUGCGAUUGGUUGAAGCCAAAGACUAUGCAAGAGAGAGACAUUAUGAUAAAACGAGCGCGACUCGCGUGCAUGCUCACGAUAUUUGGAUAUUUUGUAAUGUUGAUAUCCGUUCUUUUGUGUACGAUUCUUCCUAUCUUCGGCAUUUCAAUAAGAUAUCUGACUAAUAAAACGGAUCCGGGUAGAUUGGUGCCGAUACAAACAUAUUACUUUUAUGAUCGAGAUAAAAGCCCACUUUAUGAGAUAACUUACGUUCUGCAAACUGUCGGAAUGUCUAUAUUUGCCACUGUAUACACUGGUACUGACUGUUUCUUAAGUGUGCUAGUCUUUCAUGUAUGUGGUCAGCUGGAGAAUCUCAAGGCGCGCGUCAUCGAUCUCGAUAAAUUUAACAAUUUCGAAAGCGUUCUAUCUCAUAACAUACGGGAUCAUAUACGUCUCAUCAGAUCGAUCAAUAUCAUCGAUAAUAUAUUUGCUUUGAUGUUGCUUGGAGCGCUCUUUUACUUUGGCAUACUAUUUGCUUUUUAUGGUUUUUUAUUCGGUACUGUAAUAACUCAGCAUCGCAAUGUCUCUACCACAUCUCUACCAAUAUCUGUACCACGUUUAAUUUUCAUCAUAACAACAUUUGUUAAUAUAUUUGCACACACGUGUUUCUACUGCAUCGUAGGAGAAAUGUUGGUUACGCAAUGCAAGGGAGUUUACGAAGCCACAUGCCAGUUCAAGUGGUACACGCUGCAGCCGAAAAAAGCAAGAAAUCUAUUGAUUAUAAUGAUUUGCGCCAACAAACCGCUGUAUCUUACCGCGGGAAAGCUAUUCCCUAUGACAAUGGCUACUCUUUGUAAUUUAUUAAAGACAUCGGGCGGUUAUAUAUCGGUCUUGCUGGCACAUCGGGAAUAA